AUGUGGAUAUCUGGCUGUGAUAUAUUUAUUUCUAUAAGUUAUAUCGCAAUUAUGUGUGUUCAGGUGUAUACAGAUUACUUCGAGUCUUUCGCAUUGUUCUAUCUCUGGCAUCGCUAUCUUCGAGCCGCUUUUACCGUAUCACAUAUCACUUUGAGCAGUAGCUCGUUUCUGCUCAUGGCAGCCACGAUUGAAAGAUACCUGUUAAGCACAUCUGACCGCAGAGCUGCUGAGCUGUUGGGGCUCUUGUCACGACAUCGAGCUACCGUGGUAUUGCUUUGCUUCAUCACCGGUUGUAUAUUCAGAGGCACCGUGUUCUUCGAAGUAGCGGUUGUGUAUAAUCCGCGAUGUACUGGUUUCUCGAGUUUGGGUCUAGCGUCGUCCCGGCUUUUCUCGAAUCCCCUCUACGAUGCUAUUUGGAAGUUCUGGAUUCGCAAAAUUGUCACAGUCUUUCUUCCAUUUACUGCCUUGGCAUGGUUCAAUACGGCCAUCGUGUUGCAUGUCCGCCGAAGCGACAAGGAUCAAACAGUGAAAGCUCUUGUUCUCUACAUCACCGUCGGCACCAGGUGCAAAUUUUUCACUAAGGGAUCGUCUCUUAUACAUUCAGAGAGCACUGGUUCGUCACCCGGGCCAUUUUACGAUUUCAGAGCUGAAGUGACGCAUCUGAGAUCACGACUUCGAGCCGUCACAAGAAUGCUUGUCAUGGUCGUCUGUUGCUAUCUGGCCGCCAAUAUCAUCGACGUUGUCAUUGCUUUUUGGGAGACGAUCGAUAUCGAAUCGUUAUUUGCAAACGAAGGCUUCUACACAGUCACGACAGACAUAUCAUCGUUCCUGCCGAUGUUAGCGUGUGCGCUACGACUGCCAAUCUAUGCCAUUAAUGACAAGCAAAUAAAAACAGAAGUGGGUUUCCAUUUAGGCGCAUGCAAUUCCCGUAUGCAAUCUGGCACGAUGGAAAUAGAAACAAGCAUCACAGCCAUAGCCACA